GUGAGAGCCGAGCAGUGGUGCUGAUGUGGAGAGAAGCCCAGGGUACCACUAAUUGAGGGAGUGAAGAAGGCGGCAGCUCGCUUCUAACUGGACUGCAGUAUCCUGAGCUGGGAGCAGACUUACCUUGACUUUCACUAGGACUCAGCUCUCAUAUUCCAGAAAACAUGACCCUUGCUGCCUACAAGGAGAAGAUGAAGGAGCUCCCACUGGUGUCCUUGUUCUGCUCCUGCUUCCUGGCCGACCCCCUGAAUAAGUCAUCCUAUAAAUACGAAGGCUGGUGUGGGAGACAGUGUAGGAGAAAAGAUGAGAGCCAGCGGAGAGACAGUGCUGACUGGAGAGAAAGAAGAGAGCAGGCAGACACCGUGGACCUGAACUGGUGCGUCAUUUCCGACAUGGAAGUCAUCGAGCUGAAUAAAUGCACCUCUGGACAGUCCUUUGAAGUCAUCCUGAAGCCACCCUCCUUCGAUGGGGUGCCUGAGUUCAAUGCCUCCCUCCCCAGACGGCGAGACCCAUCGCUGGAAGAAAUCCAGAAGAAACUGGAAGCAGCUGAGGAGCGGAGGAAGUACCAGGAAGCAGAGCUCCUGAAGCACCUGGCAGAGAAGCGAGAACAUGAGCGGGAGGUGAUCCAAAAAGCCAUCGAGGAAAACAACAACUUCAUCAAGAUGGCAAAGGAAAAACUGGCCCAGAAGAUGGAAUCCAAUAAGGAGAACCGGGAGGCCCACCUUGCCGCCAUGUUGGAACGGCUGCAAGAGAAGGCGCCGCCUGCUGCGCGGUGACUCCCGGGACCCGAUCGGUGGCCUCAUCCCAUGGACAAGCACGCGGAGGAGGUGCGGAAAAACAAGGAGCUGAAGGAAGAGGCCUCGAGGUAAAGCCCAGAGGCAAAGAAGUUUCCAGAACGGCCAGACAGCUCCAGCAGCUCCGCAGUUCCGGAGGCAGCCUGGCCCAUCGCUGACUGCUCUCCCAGCACCGGGGUUUGGGGGGAGGGGGGUGGCCAGGGGCGUUUGCUCUGCUUUUGGUGUUUGUACAUGUAAAGAAUUGACCAGUGAAGCCAUCCUAUUUGUUUCAGGGGAACAACGAUGGGGUGGGAGAGGGGAGCGAAGAAGAGAGGUGGGGAAAGAGAGAUGGAGAAGGGCUCGUGGACAUUGCAACCCAGCCCAGGUCAAAUCCUAGGCUUUUCUUCACAGUGAGCAUCCGGGCACCGCCUUGAAGGAAGUUAACAACAGGCAGUAGAAUUCCCAGCAAAGGGCCGAGUCCUGGGUGGAACUAGGGCUGCAGGGCAUGGCCGGAGACGCCAGCAGCGAGUGGGGGGCCCUGUGACGGGGGGAUGAGGUGUGAGUGUGUGUGCGUGUGUUCAUCAUUAUCUUUUGAUCAUCAUGACCAACAAUGAAACAUUUCCUCCAA